CGUUCACAGUUUAGCCACUCGUUGCACAGGCAGUGUUGCAGUAGCUGGCAAAUAGAAACAAGACAUGAUGAUUGCAGCGUGUUUUUUCGUGUUUAUCGCGUUAGCAUUUCAGACGGGUGAAGCUGCCCAGUGUUAUGAGUGCCAGUACUCGAACCAUCCUGGAGGGGACCUCGUCACAAAGCUACUGUCGGACACUUUCAACAACCUAGGCUUGAACCUAAAUCUGGAUAAUUCACCAUCAUCUCCACAAUGUGCCGACACAACGACCCUGAUGCCGAGUGACAAAACAAAACUCGUUGACUGCAAAGGUUCCUGUUACAAAUUUAAAUUCAGCGAGAAUGACUCAACAUGGGUAGCCAGGGGUUGUUUCCAGAUGCCGGUAGAAGAAAAGUGUGAAAAACAAAAGCAGGAUAAUGGAAACGUGUGGACGUGCGUAUGUUCUGGUGAUCACUGUAAUGGAGCAAUCACACAUGGCUUCACCCUAGCCGCUCUUCUGCUGACCUUGUUCAGCACAGCUAUGCUACUGUAAAUUUUUAUGUGAGUGUGAGAUGUUGUCUUAUCGAUUUUCGGUGGUAGCCCAUUAAUAAAUAUUCUUAAUAAAUUAAUUAACCGUUCCAUAUGUCAAUUAUUUACUGAUAAGAGGAAUAAACGCUUACCAUUACAUGGUAUUAAACGUUGUGUGGUUAUUAAUUAUAUGAAUUUCGUAAAAAAUUGAUACGUAUCAUUUGUUCCUUACGCAUAAUCCUCAAAUAUCGGUUUAUUGAAAAGAUAACACAUUUUAGGGUGGCAGUUGUGUACGCUAGAUGCAUGAAUUAAUGCACGAGCAAUUAUUAGCUUUAGUUAGUUAUACAUAAGGAAUUGGAGAGGAUAUUAGUGAAUAUUUAAUGUUUUGCCUAUUUAGAGUGUUAAUAUCACUAGAUUCUUGCAUUACAGUAUUGAACCUUUCCUAAAGUAAUCCAGAACGUCAAUGUAAUUAAUGUUUAAGACCUUAAUUUACUCGUGCGUUACAAUGAAAUACUGUGAUGCUGUGAAUAGAAAAUUUUUAGAUUAAAAUAUCUGAACAGACAAACAAUUUCUCGAUUUUGAUAUAAAAUUUAUUGGCUAGGAAGGCGGUUAGUUUUUCUCUAUAAAUACUAAUAUUAGUGGUAUGUAUGGAUAACUUUUAUUAUAUAUCAUCAUUCGUUUGACCUGUGUUUUUGAUAGAACAUUUAUUAAGGAAAAGUUAUUGUUCUUCGAAAUAAACAAUCAAAUGAUUCAUACUCAUUCUA